AUGUGCUCCAGACAGACCUCCGGAGGCUGCCAUGAAACGUCCUCCCAGUCCGGUGGAUGCCACAGCGGGGGUUCCUGCUGCCAUGGGGGCAGCUCCUCCAGCUACCAGUCGCAGGGCUCCUCGUGCUGUGGGGGCUCAGGCUCAGGCAGCUAUGGUGGGGGCAGCGGGGGCUCCAGCAAGAUCAUUGUCAGCUCUGGCGGUGGAGGAGGUGGAUCCUGCUGCAGCGGGGGCUCCUCAGGCUACGGCAUGGGAGGAGGAUACAGCGGUGGCAGUGGGGGAUCAGGCCAGAAGAUCAUUAUUAGCUCAGGCGGUGGAGGAGGUGGAGGCUCAUCUGGCUGCUGCAGUGGGGGAUCCAGUGGUGGGUCUUCAGGAGCAAAGAGCAUCGUUGGAGGUGGAGGUAGUGGGGGAUCCUCUGGGUGCUGCAGUGGAGGUUCCAGCUAUGGCAUGGGCGGAGGAUCCAGUGGUGGGUCUUCAGGAUCAAAGAGCAUAAUUGGGGGUGGAGGAGGCGGAGGAUCAUCUGGCUGCUGCAGUGGGGGAUCCAGUGGUGGGUCUUCAGGAUCAAAGAGCAUCAUUGGAGGUGGAGGUAGUGGAGGUUCUUCUGGAUGCUGCAGUGGAGGUUCCAGCUAUGGCAUGGGCGGAGGAUCCAGUGGUGGGUCUUCAGGAUCAAAGAGCAUCAUUGGAGGUGGAGGAGGCGGAGGAUCCUCUGGAUGCUGCAGCGGGGGCUCCUCAGGCUACGGCAUGGGAGGAGGAUACAGCGGUGGCAGUGGGGGAUCAGGCCAGAAGAUCAUUAUUAGCUCAGGCGGUGGAGGAGGUGGAGGCUCAUCUGGCUGCUGCAGUGGGGGAUCCAGUGGUGGGUCUUCAGGAUCAAAGAGCAUCGUUGGAGGUGGAGGUAGUGGGGGAUCUUCUGGAUGCUGCAGUGGAGGUUCCAGCUAUGGCAUGGGCGGAGGAUCCAGUGGUGGGUCUUCAGGAGCAAAGAUCAUCAUUGGAGGUGGAGGUAGUGGGGGUUCUUCUGGAUGCUGCAGUGGAGGAUCCAGCUAUGGCAUGGGAGGAGGAUCCAGUGGUUGGUCUUCAGGAUCAAAGAGCAUCAUUGGAGGUGGAGGUGGAAGCAGUGGAGGAUCCUCUGGAUGCUGCAGCGGGGGCUCCUCAGGCUACGGCAUGGGUGGGGGAUCCAGUGGUGGGUCUUCAGGAGCAAAGAGCAUCGUUGGAGGUGGAGGUAGUGGGGGAUCCUCUGGAUGCUGCAGUGGAGGUUCCAGCUAUGGCAUGGGCGGAGGAUCCAGUGGUUGGUCUUCAGGAUCAAAGAGCAUAAUUGGGGGUGGAGGAGGCGGAGGAUCCUCUGGCUGCUGCAGUGGGGGAUCCAGUGGUGGGUCUUCAGGAUCAAAGAUCAUCAUUGGAGGUGGAGGUAGUGGGGGAUCCUCUGGAUACUGCAGUGGAGGUUCCAGCUAUGGCAUGGGCGGAGGAUCCAGUGGUGGGUCUUCAGGAUCAAAGAGCAUCAUUGGAGGUGGAGGUAGUGGGGGUUCUUCUGGCUGCUGCAGUGGGGGAUCCAGUGGUGGUGGGGGAUCCAGUGGUGGGUCUUCAGGAGCAAAGAUCAUUGUUGGAGGUGGAGGUAGUGGGGGAUCCUCUGGAUGCUGCAGUGGAGGUUCCAGCUAUGGCAUGGGCGGAGGAUCCAGUGGUUGGUCUUCAGGAUCAAAGAGCAUAAUUGGGGGUGGAGGAGGUGGAGGAUCAUCUGGCUGCUGCAGUGGGGGAUCCAGUGGUGGGUCUUCAGGAGGCAAGAUCAUCAUUGGAGGUGGAGGUAGUGGAGGUUCUUCUGGAUGCUGCAGUGGAGGAUCCAGCUAUGGCAUGGGAGGCGGAUCCAGUGGUGGGUCUUCAGGAUCAAAGAGCAUCAUUGGAGGUGGAGGAGGUGGAGGAUCCUCUGGAUGCUGCAGUGGAGGCUCAUCUGGCUGCUGCAGUGGGGGAUCCAGUGGUGGGUCUUCAGGAGCAAAGAGCAUCAUUGGAGGUGGAGGUAGUGGGGGAUCUUCUGGAUGCUGCAGUGGAGGUUCCAGCUAUGGCAUGGGCGGAGGAUCCAGUGGUUGGUCUUCAGGAUCAAAGAGCAUAAUUGGGGGUGGAGGAGGCGGAGGAUCCUCUGGCUGCUGCAGUGGGGGAUCCAGUGGUGGUGGGGGAUCCAGUGGUGGGUCUUCAGGAUCAAAGAGCAUCAUUGGAGGUGGAGGUAGUGGGGGUUCUUCUGGAUGCUGCAGUGGAGGUUCCAGCUAUGGCAUGGGCGGAGGAUCCAGUGGUGGGUCUUCAGGAUCAAAGAGCAUCAUUGGUGGUGGAAGCAGUGGAGGAUCCUCUGGAUGCUGCAGCGGGGGCUCCUCAGGCUACGGCAUGGGUGGGGGAUCCAGUGGUGGGUCUUCAGGAUCAAAGAUCAUCAUUGGAGGUGGAGGUAGUGGGGGAUCCUCUGGAUGCUGCAGUGGAGGAUCCAGUGGUGGCAGUGGUAGUUCCUCAGGCCACACAAUCAUCAUCAGCUCUGGAGGGGGCAGCGGAGGCUCCUGCCAGUCCACACAGCAGAAAUGCCCUCUUGUCAUUCCCCACAUCGAGUCCCAUCAGACCAAGCAGGCCUGCCACUGGUCCCCCAGCCACCAGAAGUAA